GCUAGGAGUACCUGUACCCCCAGGGUCUCCGUACUCACAACAUGUCCUCAAUCGCAAAGACACUCUUAAUCCCCGCCACAAUCUCCCUAACCCUCUACGUCCUCCUCUCCUACCUCAUCUUCCCCUUCUUCCAGCACUACCACCAACGCUACGCCCACUACCUCCCGCUACACACCAUCUCCGCGCACACCUCCUCCGUCCGUGACCGCAUCGGCGACACCCUCAUGCGCUGCGUCCUGCGCUCGUCGUCCUCGUUCCCAUGGCGGAGGAAUAGCGUGGCCGGGCCUCGCGGAGACCAUCACGAUAAUGUCAGCAUUGAUGAUGAGGAGGGGGAGAUUAUGGUUGGGAUGCAUAUGGAUCCAGCGAGAAGGAGGGAGUUGGAGAGGAGGUGGAACAGUAGGCCGGAGUCGGAGGCAAGGUUAAGUCGGGAUUUAGAGGAGGGAUUUAUGGAUGAUAGUGAUGAGGAGGAUAGAGGGCGUCGUUGAUUUUGUUUUAUGGGCUGAAAUUACUGUAUAAUAGAGCUAUGGCGUUUGGCAUUUUAUCCCUGCAUCACUUAUGCAUAUUCGGAAGUUUGUACAUUGACAAGCUACGGAGGUUUUUUGACGGUGGCAAGCUGCAUGCCGCGCUACUGCAUAUAAUAAACUAUAAAGUGAAGUGUAAAAGUAAAUAUAUUCAGGUAU